CGCCACGGUAAGAGCUAGCCAUCGGUCCUUCGUUACUACUCCUCGAUCCAGCUAUUAUAUUAGCCCUUAACACUCGCUCUCAGUAGCUAAGUCGUUAAUUAAGCAAGCCAUGUGGACGAAGAAGAAUGUGGCCCUCGUGCUGAUGCUCCUGAUCAUCCUCGCCGCACAGGAGGAGGGUGGUUCGAACGUGGCGGAGGCGAAGAUCUGCCGCAAGAGGAGCGCGGGGUACCACGGGAUGUGCAUGUCGGACCGCAACUGCGCGCAGGUGUGCCAGGCCGAAGGAUGGGGCGGCGGCAACUGCGACGGCGCGGUCCGCCGCUGCAAGUGCUCCAGGGAAUGCUAGCUACUUCUUAAUUCUCUAUCGUAUAUCUACUCCACCUUGCUAGCUACGGAGUAAACACGUACGCCGUACGUACAUGUAUGUAUACAAGCACGCGUGUACGUAUGUGUGCGUGCAUGGUCUACGUAUGUCAUGUGUACUCGUGUUGCUACGUACAGAGCUAGCUCUGGCCGUGGCCGGGCUAGCAAAAGAUGAGAAAUAAAAAAGGUACUGCCUGCGUAA